CUCAAUUCCUGCACCUCGACAGAUUCAGAAAUAGGCGACCAACGCAACCCUCACUUUUACAUGGGUCCUCCAAGCCCAAGCCACGAGUCUCUACCCUCAUCUGGAUCUCAAUCGCAAUUCCAUCUCCAACAGCAACCGAGGACCCAACGGUCACGAGGCGGAUGCCAAACAUGCCGCAUUAAAAAAGUCAAGUGCGACGAGACGCGACCAAUUUGCCGACGAUGUGUCCGCCUGGAAUUGACCUGCGACUAUACGCGUCUCCCUCGCAAAAAGUACACCAGGCGCGUUAUCUCGUCCCCUGCUGCAUCGUCUCCUGCCAACCUGAUCACCAGAACAGAUGCGGCGUCAACACCUAGCGACAGUCUCAUAGGCCGUGUUGAUAAUUCAUAUUUUGGGGAGUUUGGUAGCGGAUCCUUAUCCGAUACUCAGAGUGCAGAUGUCAGUCUACCACCACUGAAUACCAUUGCCGACGAUGGCCUGGCACUUGACCUCUCACCCGACUGUGCCGCCAUCCUGUCCCCUUCCGAUCACUCGGCAAUCCACUUCUUCCGAUUUGUCCUCCCAGGAAUGGUUGGCACGCGGAUAUCGAUGCACAGCGGACCUGGGCUGGUAUGGAAAUUGGCGCAGCAGAGUCCUAUGGUUCUUCACAUGGUUUGCGCCGUCAGUGGGCAAACAUGGUCUGAGAAGACGAGCGGCUCCAAGUCAGAUGCCGAAUCCAGACGAUUAAGAGCUAUCCAACACUACAGAGAUGGUUUACAGAUGCUGGCUGUAGCUACGCAGAUCCCUAGCGAGAUAACCUGUCUUCCACCUGUCUUGGCUACAUUAUGGCUCAUGCUCUUGUACGAACUCAGGUUUGGGGAUGGGUGCGGUAUUGGCGUUGAUGCGCACCUGAGAGGCGCCACCUCAAUAUUAUUGGGGCGAUCGAGACUCACAACCAGCGACAGUAGUGACCCUCGUACCUCACAGAUAAUCGAACCUGAGAAUUUCUGUCCUGUCUCUUGCAGAAUACUCGUUUGGCUCUCGCACGCGGAUGGAGGUGCUGUUCUAAAUGGGUUUGGUGGGUAUUUCAACAAUCUCCUGGGAACCUCCUCAGUAGACAUAACAGAGACUGAAGCACAAGGUCGCUUGCAACGUGUCAGGCAAUUGCAGAAGCGAUCUAUCCUUGCCAACUACGACCUAUGGGGAAGAUCAUAUCCCCAGACUGAACUAUUGGAGGACAUGCAGUGCAGUGACCUAUCAUGUUUCGAUGCCGAGUGCGCUCAGCUAAAGUUCAUGGUCGGGUCUUUAGCAGCAGCUGAGCAUCGCGACAACGUCCCCCACGGUUCGUGGAGACAGUCUGUCGCGGGUGCCAUUCGCAGCGUCAGAUCCAGGUAUGGAGAGCUGAUAAGUGUGGCUAAUCGCCUCGAACUACCCGACGACGGACCCCAUAGACGGUUCGUGAUGGAGAUGCAAUCGGUCAUUUCCUGCUUUUACGCAAUAUAUGUCUGCUUUCUUCGAAUCACCCACGGACAAGAACCAAUAGCACCAGAGCAACGCGAGGCAAUGAAAGAGAUCAUGUCUCUAGGCUUCAAGGUUUAUCGAGAUCAAGGAGAGUCAGGUCUAACCCGGCUAGGCUGGCCAUUGUUCGUGGUGGCAAUCGAGUCAGAUGAUAUACUGCAUAGAUCUUGGAUCAUGGAGCGGUUUAGCGAGCUUGUUCUCCAUGGGGAGAACUAUCGGCAAGCUUAUCAAGCUAUACGUGUUGCCGUAGGAAGUCGGCCAUUGGAUGAAAGGACGGUUGGCUAUUUCGAAGUGUUUCGCGUCGAGUCCUUUCCGCGAUUUCUGCUCUGUCAGGGCUGCUGAUAAGAUAGCAAGGUAGAAAUUUAUGAAAUUGCCGAUCGGCACCAAGUUGUGGCUUGUUGUUGUCUUGAAUUACCCGACGACAUUUUAGGUUAUCG